AUGGCCGGCCGGGUGAGUUUCCUUUAAAUACAUGGCUUUAGUUAAACAUAUUUACCCAUAGGCGAGAAUGCUGUGUUAAGGAUUUUUCAGCCACUGCUACUACCUCCAACACACACUAGCCUGUAUGGCAGAGUAUGUAAUUCAAAUCUCUUCUCGGAAGACUAGUAUUUUAUGACCAGUGUCCACUGCGAGCAUACCUCAGUGACUGCGAGCCAUGUAAUAGCUAGCAACACAAUACAAGUAGCGGAGCGUGGGUAAAGUAACUGCGGAAGCCAAGCCAGAAAAAUAAAGCCAUAUUACAACCUAUGUGUUGUGAUAAUUGCGUUUACUCUAUAACCUGUUAGUUCAUAUGCCUUGCCACCAUGAUAUAGACCUAAGGCUGAGACAAUAGAAUAACUUCAACCACACCUUUGUUUCAUCACAAAACCGGAGAGUAGCAUCUGUCCGGUGAAGUCCACAAAGCAUAUUGCAUGGUCAAACAAGUUGAUGUUUCCGACAUUUUCGGACUACUAAACAACUGGAUUGAACCAUGGAAAGUUACCGCAAGUCGCAAAGAAAACAGGAGCUGCCUCUACUAUCCCAGCACCAUUUCAACUUCAACAUUUCAACAUAAUCAAAUCACCUAUGCUUAGUCUAAUACAGGGACAACUAAAAUAUAACAAAAACAAUUUGGUCCAAUCAACGUAAACUAAUAUGAUGUAGCUGUCCAUGGACUAAUUUCUGUGUGUGUGUGUGCGCGCAAGUUGAAAAAACAUGUUCAUUCACCCUACUUGUAGAAAAACGCCAGUGAAUGCCAUCCUCUCUUUCAUGUUGCCGAAACGGUCUAUGACUCUGUCAUACAGUACACACUUUCAGUUUUUGUUGUCCUAGGCUAAAAUGCUUGCUCGCUAGCCUAACUUCCUUUCAUGGGCAACGAUGCGCCAGGCCAGCUAGUUAACAUUAGCGUUAGCCUACUACAUCUAACUAUAUAUUGAACUUCCAUCCUCUCAGGCCAGGGGCACAAUGUAUGAAUUUAUGGUUGGAUCCGAAUCGCCUUUAAUCAGUACGGAGAAGUAGGUAAAACCACAAGUCCAAAUCCCUAUCUCCAUCCAUGGGUAAUUUAGGAAAGGGACGAUUUUAGCUAGCUUGCCACUGGAGGACAAUGACACAAGGAGAUGCAACAAUUCAAUUAUUUUCUGUAAAUGACGUUUUGCUUUUGAUGUAAUUGGUGUGAAGCCACAUCCAAACUGGCUUCCCUUUAAUUUAAAAAAAAAUUCGUGCGCCAAGACCAUUCACAGUUGAGCUCGCUCAGUUUAGCUCAAUGCUGAUUGGCUAUUAUUUUAUAUAUUUUUUAUCAAGGGAGGCCAAAUACUAGCUGGCUUCCCUUGCAUUCAAUGCUGCUGGCAGCAACAAUGUCAUACUAUUUUUGACAAGACAGCAUAAGACAGAUGGGCUACACAUACUGAGACAGAGGGCUGCUGUUUUGCUCACUCGGAUGCUUUCUCCGGUGAGAUACUGAAUGUAUGCCUUGAGAAGGAAAAUUAUGAAACACAGAGAGACGAAAGAUACAUUAUUUUCUUUUUUUCUUGGAUUUUUUUUGGGGGAAAGCCUGGCUUCCCUUGGCAUCCAUGAAUACAUGCCACUGCACAAUACAAUACACUCAAAUAGUAUAUCUCAGUUUUAUCUCUAACCAGUCUCAACAUGGAAACCUCUGUGAUAGUAGCCAACUAAGCCAGCGCAGUAUGAAAGGAUACAUCUAGCUAAGCUAAAUCUCACCUGCCAAGGUUUGACAGCUGGCUAACUUGUUGACUAGCUUUCAUGACCAGGCUAGCUAGGUACAAAAGUAUGUGGACACCUGCUCGUCGAACAUCUCAUUCCAAAAUCAUGGCCUAUAAUAUGGAGUGGAUCCCCCCUUUGCUGCUAUAACAUCCUCCACUCUUCAGGGAAGGCUUUCCACUAGAUGUUGGAACAUUGCUGCAGGGACUUGCUUCCAUUCAGCCACGAGCAUUAGUGAGGUCGGGCACUGAUGUUGGGUGAUUAGGCCUGGCUCGCAGUCGGUAUUCCAAACGUGUUUGAUGGUGUUGAGGUCAGGGCUCUGUGCAGGCCAGUCAAGUUCUUCCACACCGAUCUCUGUAUGGACCUCGCUUUGUGCACAGGGGCAUUGUAAUGCUGAAACAGGAAAGGGUCUUCCCCAAACUGUUACCACAAAGUUGGAAGCACAGAAUCGUCUAUAAUGUCAUUGUAUGCUGUAGUGUUAAGAUUUCCCUUCACUGGAACUAAGGGAUCUAGCCCGAACCAUGAAAAACAGCCCCAGACCAUUAUUCCUCCUCCACCAAACUUUACAGUUGGCACUAUGCAUUGGGGCAGGUAGCAUUCUCCUGGCAUCCACGAAACCCAGAUUCGUUCAUCAGACUGCCAGAUGGUGAAGCGUGAUUCAUCACUCCAGAGAACGCGUUUCGACUGCUCCGGAGUCCAAUGGCGGUGAGCUUUACACCACUCCAGCCGACACUUGGCAUUGCGCAUGGUGAUCUUAGGCUUGGGUGCGGCUGCUUGGCCAUGGAAACCCAUUUCAUGAAGCUCCUGACGAACAGUUCUUGUUCUGACGUUGCUUCCAGAGGCAGUUUGGAACUCAGUAGUGAGUGUUGCAACCGAGGACAGAUGAUUUUUACGCUCUAUGCACUUCAGCACUCGGCGGUCCCGUUCUGUGAGCUUGUGUGCCUACCACUUCGCGGCUGAGCCGUUGUUGCUCCUAGACGUUUCCACUUCACAAUAACAGCCCUGACAGUUGACCGGGGCAGCUCUAGCAGGGCAGAAAUUAGACAAACUGACUUGUUGGAAAGAUGGCAUCCUAUGACGGUGCCACGUUGAAAGUCACUGAGCUCUUCAGUAAGGCUAUUCUACUGCCGGUGUUUGUCUAUGGAGAUUGCAUGGCUGUGUGCUCGAUUUUAUACACCUGUCAGCAACGGGUGUGGCUGAAAUAGCAGAAUCCACUAAUUUGAAGGGGUGUCCACAUACUCUACUGUCGAUAGUCCCGUGCCCACACACACUAGUACCAACAGGGAACUGACGUUGAAAUAGCCAACUGCUGGGAAAGAGGCACAACGGAUAGUCCAAAUGUAAUUUAAAGUUACGUAGAGCUUUCCUCUUUCACUCUAGCUCUAUGAACAAUGUGGACUAUCUAGCCAUCUAAGUAUCCACUGACUGACAGUGGCACUGUGGCACAUACACUGCUCAAAAAAAAUAAAGGGAACACUUAAACAACACAUCCUAGAUCUGAAUGAAUGAAAUAAUCUUAUUAAAUACUUUUUCUUUACAUAGUUGAAUGUGCUGACAACAAAAUCACACAAAAAAUUAUCAAUGGAAAUCUAAUUUAUCAACCCAUGGAGGUCUGGAUUUGGAGUCACCCUCAAAAUUAAAGUGGAAAACCACACUACAGGCUGAUCCAACUUUGAUGUAAUGUCCUUAAAACAAGUCAAAAUGAGGCUCAGUAGUGUGUGUGGCCUCCACGUGCCUGUAUGACCUCCCUACAACGCCUGGGCAUGCUCCUGAUGAGGUGCCUGGACAGUCUGUGGUGCAACGUGGCGUUGGUGGAUGGAGCGAGACAUGAUGUCCCAGAUGUGCUCAAUUGGAUUCAGGUCUGGGGAACGGGCGGGCCAGUCCAUAGCAUCAAUGCCUUCCUCUUGCAGGAACUGCUGACACACUCCAGCCACAUGAGAUCUAGCAUUAGGAGGAACCCAGGGCCAACCGCACCAGCAUAUGGUCUCACAAGGGGUCUGAGGAUCUCAUCUCGGUACCUAAUGGCAGUCAGGCUACCUCUGGCGAGCACAUGGAGGGCUGUGCGGCCCCCCAAAGAAAUGCCACCCCACACCAUGACUGACCCACCGCCAAACCGGUCAUGCUGGAGGAUGUUGCAGGCAGCAGAACGUUCUCCACGGCGUCUCCAGACAGUCACGUCUGUCACAUGUGCUCAGUGUGAACCAGCUUUCAUCUGUGAAGAGCACAGGGCGCCAGUGGCGAAUUUGCCAAUCUUAAUGUUCUCUGGCAAAUGCCAAACGUCCUGCACGGUGUUGGGCUGUAAGCACAACCCCCACCUGUGGACGUCGGGCCCUCAUACCACCCUCAUGGAGUCUGUUUCUGACCGUUUGAGCAGACACAUGCACAUUUGUGGCCUGCUGGAGGUCAUUUUGCAGGGCUCUGGCAGUGCUCCUCCUGCUCCUCCUUGCACAAAGGCGGAGGUAGCGGUCCUGCUGCUGGGUUGUUGCCCUCCUACGGCCUCCUCCCCGUCUCCUGAUGUACUGGCCUGUCUCCUGGUAGCGCCUCCAUGCUCUGGACACUACGCUGACAGACACAGCAAACCUUCUUGCCAAAGCUCGCAUUGAUGAGCUGCACUACCUGAGCCACUUGUGUGGGUUGUAGACUCCGUCUCAUGCUACCACUAGAGUGAAAGCACCGCCAGCAUUCAAAAGUGACCAAAACAUCAGCCAGGAAGCAUAGGAACUGAGAAGUGGUCUGUGGUCACCACCUGCAGAACCACUCUUUUAUUGGGGGUGUCUUGCUAAUUGCCUAUAAUUUCCACCUGUUGUCUAUUCCAUUUGCACAACAGCAUGUGAAAUGUAUUGUCAAUCAGUGUUGCUUCCUAAGUGGACAGUUUGAUUUCACAGAAGUAUGAUUGACUUGGAGUUACAUUGUGUUGUUUAAGUGUUCCCUUUAUUUUUUUGAGCAGUGUAUGAAUGGGAGAUUCAUCUUUGACUGUAGUGUGUGGAAUCUGUGGAUAACAUAAUAUUAUGUGACUGGGGCCCCUGCUGCAGCUGUCUGCAUAACUCUCUGCAAGAAUAUGAAAAUUGCUUGAGCAAUCAUCCAUCACUCAUUUCCUUGUUUACCAAAAAUAAUAUCUCAUAUCCUGCUUAUUCAUAUUGCGUUAAUCUUGGUAACCCAGUAGUAAAAUUAUCUCGCAAAAGUUUGUCAUUUCCUGUUUUACUUCUGGGGGGUAUGCCGGGCUGCGUUCAGUACGUUUUUACGUUCUGGAGCAUUCAACUGAACGGAAACGGUGCUGUACUGUAACUACUAGUUGAAAAACUGGGAAAGGUUGGGUUGUUGGUUGGAGAACGCUGUCAGCAUGGCCACUGCCCUUUUUAAAUACGUCGCUCAUUGCUUCAAACCACACCUUGUCACACCACCAAACGGGAGCAAACGCACCUCAGUAUGUUCAAGAACGUACAGGAGCGUUUUGGGGAAACAUGUUGUUCAGUACAAACCGUUCUGCAACGUAGCAAAUGUUGAAGCAAACCUCUGUUAACAAUUGUGAUUACCUUUGUGCAAAGGAAGGAAGCGAAGUCUCCUUCCUUGCAAACGGAAACUCUAGGCAAACACCUCCCGUGUGCUAAUUUCACCUAUGUUUAUCAUGACCAAAAAGGAAAUGUUUGUUUUCAGAACUGCCAAAAUAAUGGAAACACUUGAGUAAAUGAGGGGUACAAAGUAUAUUGUUAGCAGGUGCUUCCACACAAAUGGGUUCCUGAGUUAAUUAAGCAAUUAACAUCCCAUCAUGCUUAGGAUCAUGUAUAAAAAUCCUGGGCAGGCCAUCAUUUUAACCAUUAUUUUGGCCACCAUGGCUAUGCCCCCAUAGGAUGACAAUGCCCCCAUCCACAGGGCACGAGUGGUCACUGAAUGGUUUGAUGAGCAUGAAAACAAUGUAACCAUAUGCUAUGGUCGUCUCAGUCACCAGAUCUCAACCCAAUUGAACACUUAUGGGAGAUUUUGGGGCAGCCCUGAGAGAGCGUUUUCCCCCACCAUCAACAAACACCAAAUGAUGGAAUUUCUCGUGGAAGAAUUGUCGCAUCCCUCCAAUAGGCUUCCAGACACUUAUAGCAUCUAUGCCAAAGUGCAUUGAAGCUGUUCUUGCUCGUGGUGGCCCAACACCCUAUUAAGACAUUUUAUGUCGGUUCUUUAUUUUGGCAGUUACCUGUACUUCAAUCAAGCAAAGUCUUGUUCACGUGUAGGGGGUAGUCUUUCCUGUAGUUUUUUUAUAUUCACAUUGAGCUGAAGAAUGUGAGGAAUUCCCUUAACACAAUCUGCAACUCACAACGACUUAAUUAAUACUGCUUAGUUAAAACGGUGCUCUUAGUGUUCCACACAACAUUAGAAAGUCUUUCUUUGCCUUAGAAGUGGAAAAGCUCCAGAGAUUUGCUCCUGUCAGCCCACUGAGCUCAGUUUUCCACACAGUUUUCCAUUAUGUUCUCAGCAUAUCGGGUAAGUGUAUCUAUUAAGGCUCCAUACCCAUUAAGCCCACUUCCAUCUUUGGAUUAAAAUAAAAAAAGACCAAAUAAAAAAUGUUUUGCUAUUUAAUGUUUCAACAGGUUCAUGUGGUUGUUGUGUCCAUACCAGUUUUUAUUCUAAGCCAAUUCAAUGUUUUAUUAUUCAGUUAUUUAUUAUUGACAGUUAUUUGUAAGUUCCUGCUAGUGGCCAAUUUCAAAGCUGCGAAAAGACUUGAUGUGGAGGCGACUCUCAGAUAAACACGUUUUCCUGAUAUUUUUAGUACCUCCUCAGACAAGUGAUCAUACUUUAUGUAAAUUCAGAGAUUCAUGUGUUAAUAUAUGAACAUGAUAGCAUGUGUAUUGAUUACUAUUUCUUGCCAAUUGAAAAUAUGGGGUUUUCAUGCUAGCAGUCAUACCACGUCACAGUCAAUACAGUAGCAACAUAACUUGGUGAACCACAACAAUAGACUAGAUCUCAAGCACUCACAGCUUUAAUGCAUUUGGUCUUAUUUUACUGUUAAAUGAACCUUGCGUUGUUAUACAUGGAUGCCAUUUUUAAAAAAAAUCUCAGGUGGGUUUAUGAUCAAUACUAACUUUGAAUAAUAUUGUAGUCUAUAUAGUGUAUAUUUAUACCCCAGACCAUUGAUUUCCAAAUAUUUUGAGUAAACUUUGCUAUUCUGUCUUUUCACAAUAAAUCAUUGCUUUUCUAAUUUAGCCAUGUAUUCUCCUAUUAAGCCAAGUUUGCAUUGAAAUACAUGGGGAUUGUGUGAUGAUAUCCCUAAUAUUCAAUAAACCUGAGCAUAAAUAGUUUUUUUCUUCAGAUAUAAGUUGAUUAAACUACUCAUAACUACAGUUAUGCAUAUUAUGCAUCUAUCCAUGGUUCUUCUACCAAGAUUAAAAACAAUCAAGAACAAUUAAAAGCCUCUGUACUCUCUCCAAGAUGUUUGGAGUGGGCAGGAAGUGAUUGAUGCAGAGAGAGAAUAAUAAGGACAGGGUUGAAGGAUAUCAGGGAUAGAAGACCUACAAGUAGUGGACAAAAAUGGAAACAAAUGAGGGACAAGAAGAUGACUAUUGGACGACUACUCAAAUCAAAUGUAUUUGCCACAUGCUUCAUGCAGUUAGGGCCGGGGCAUUGUCAUAUUGUUGUCCCUCAUUCAUCUAGGUGCUACUCUUAAUUGGUUCACCACAUGUACCUUUGUAGUACAACAGUAGAGGGGGAGAUUUGAAACGGUCUUCAGACAGGCUUAAGAAAGACAAGUUGAACUAAUUAACAAGAAUAGGAGUACAGCAAAUGUGAACCAGAUUUCUGAUAAUUCAUUUAAAAGUUGUUUGUGUAGGCCUCCCGAGUGGCGCAGCGGUCUAAGGCGGUGUCACUACAGACCCGGGUUCGAUCCCAGGCUGUGACUGGGAGUCCCAUAGGGCGGCGCACAAUUGGCCCAGCGUCGUCCGGGUUAGAGGAGGGUUUGGUCAGGGGGGCUUUCUUGGCUCAUCGCGCUGUAGUGACUCCUCGUGGCGGGCUGGAUGCCUGCAGGCUGACUUCGGUCGUCAGUUGAACAGUGUUUCCUCCGACACAUUGGUGCAGCUGGCUUCCGGGUUAAGCGGGCGGGUGUUAAGGAGCGCGGUUUGGCUGGUCAUGUUUCGAAGGACGCAUGACUCGACCUUCGCCUCUCCCGAGCCUGUUGGGGAGUUGCAGCAAUGAGACAAGAUCGUAAUUGGAUAUGACAAAAUUGGGGAGGAAAAGGGGGGUAAAAUGUUUGUGUUAUAGUCUUUGUGCAUGGCUUCUUAUCCACAGAGGGCAGGUGCAGGUUUUUGUUCUAACCAAGCAGUAACACACCCGAUUCAACUAAUCAAGGAUUGAUUGAAGUCUAUGAUUAGUUGAUAAGUUGAAUCAGGUGUGUACUAGUUGGCAAUAACAAAAGCCUGGGCCCAAAUUUACCUCUGCGUAUAUGAUUCGACACCCCCUGUUAUGAAUGCUACUUCCAUGAUAAUAGUAAUAAUCAAUUGAUUUUAAUAACUUUAGGGGAAAUGACUAUAAUUUAAGCAUAAAUAAGAAAUGUCCAUUUGUAAGUUUUAAACAUUUGGAAAUGUAUAAAAAUGGAUUAUUUAAGAGGUGGGCUUAUUUGGAAUACCCAUGGGUUUAAAGCGUACAUUCAGUAACCAUUUUGCCCAGUCCGGACUUGGUGUAAGUACAGUCAUAAAACUUCACAUGAGAGAUUCAUCUUUUAUUUUAUCUCCACUUCUUUUACAACAAUUAGUGCUGUAUACGUUAGAAAUGUCUUAACUUAGAUUUUUGUGGGCUCGAUAGGUACACAUGUUGAGAUCUAAACAGGCCAGUUUAUGAGCAGUUUGAGAAAAAAAUAUGGUUUCCUUGCUUCAAAGGAAAAAGAAUGACUGAUAAUGCUCAUUAACUUAUUGUUGCCUGAUCUAAAUCUGCAGUUUUAGUCUGCAUUAGGCCUAUGCAAUUAGGCUAGUUCUGCACCGAAGUGGUUUCCCAGACCAAUAUGCUGUUAGCCUUUCAGAGGAACUGCCUGUAAGCAUCAAAUAAUAUAUUUCAGUAAUACCAUCCUGAGAUCUUGAGGCAGUAUAGAUUGAGUUUCCCCUGAAACCUUUCAAAUCCUUUUUCAUAUUGAUGUUUGUUUUAAUUGGGGAGUAGCCUAGGUUGACAGUUGUGUGAUCUAUGUACUUUUAGGAGUGAUUAAUUCAUAGGGCUUCAUCCAAAACUGCAGACGUGCAUUAUUCCAGCCACAACUAUUGACAAGGACUCUAGCAAUCAAUACCAGGGGGACAUAUGGGAGGAAGUAGACUAGCUACCUUAGCCCCCCCCCCCCCCCCCCCCUGAUCGAUGAGUGAUUUAUUGCCACUUGUCUAAACAACAGGGAUUUUAGGUGCGUGUGCAGUUUAUAAGGUGCUUGUUAAAAAAAUACCGGUAAUAUGAUUAUUGCAGCUAGGUUUCCAUCCAACUGGUGACAAAUGUUAGUGUGAAUAUUCUAAAAUCUGCAUAAAAACAAUAUGCGCAUUUUUCCACCAGAGAUGUUUCCAUCAAGGCUGUGCGUGAUAACAUAGUGCACAUAAAAGUACCUUUUCCCAUGUACUGAAUAAAAAAUACAAGUUGAAUAAAUAAACUGCAUGCUUUCCUAACGAGUCGUAGUGGGAGGACCACAUACGUCAUUGCGUGACUCCAAGUUUACUUCGAUAUGACUGUUAUUAUAUCAAUAUUUGCGCAUAAAAGCGUUUCCACCGACAUUUCUUGCAUAAUUCAUUUUACCUACACAAAAAGAUCCCACCUUGUCUAGCAUAUUUAGUUUUUUAGCAUUUGGAAAGUUUACCGAAAAAUGUUCUGUUUCCAUCAGGCCUGUCAUGACAUUUUUUAUCCAACAUGUACUUUACUCGCAUGAAAAGGUUGGAUGGGAACCUGGUUAGUGUGGCACAUAUUUUAUGUGUAGAUAGUACAUUUUUUGUUUAGGUUUUCAAUAUAUCACAAACUGUUUCUGUAUAUUAGUUAUUGAUUUGGGCACUUUCAAACUGUCUUUUGACAUUGGGCAAUUUAUCCAUAUGUCUUGUCAACAGGAAGCAGCGACAACAUCAUAGGAAUAUAAAUGGAACUUUCAACAUUAAUUUACAAUGGUAUUGUACUUAAUCAGAUAAAAACUGCUGAAUGAGUCCAAAAACAUGCUAUGAUUAAUUUAUUUUUAGGAUAUACCAGAAAUAACCAAAACGGUUUGCCCUGCCUAGUAGUAGUUAUAUUAGGAUGAGCUAUGUUGAGAAUACAAUAUAUACAUACAGCAACAGUAUACAAACAGAAUAUGAGGUGACCAGUGUUAAAUUACUCUACGGUUGUUCCUGCUCAAAAAGCACAAGAAAGAGGAUUUUGAACCACUCACCAUCUCAGAUUGUUCUAAAAUUGUUUCUGUGGUUACAAACAGACAAGAUAAGCCUUUCUUCAACAUUAUUUUGUUGAAGUAUAUUUUGAUCUCUGAGAAAUUAAGCUAAUUGAUUGUACCCAAAUUGGCAAUUUCAAUUGAUAGGAUUCAUAUAGUAUUCAAUAAAUAUAGUACCCAACAUCUGAUUUGCACAAAAACCUCUCCUUAACAAUGAUUUAAGAUGUAAGGAAUCCAAAUAAAUGGUAAAAUGCCACCCACUGACCCCCUAAACUUCACACCAAGUCCUCCCCAAUGGCCAGUAUACAGUAUCAGUUCUGUAUGUUUGACAAGUUAAAUGAAGCUGUGACUUGGAGUACUGUUUAUCCAUACGAUGUAAUGUAUUCUCAGUGAAUUUGGUGAUGUUUUUUUUCCCCCUAUUCAGAGAAAUUAGCCAUUGAAGUCGCUUGCAUUUUCUUCAUAAAUUAAGUGAAAGUACCAGGUUUUGACCACUAGAUCCUGCUGUUCCUGCUACUGCGCUUUUAUCCAUUUUGCUGGUCUCUUGUGUUUAUCAAAUGUAUCACAACAUUUUCUUUGCAACUUUGGGCAGUGGUGGAAAAAGUACCCAAUUGUCAUACCUCUGGUCCUCUGUAGCUCAGCUGGUAGAGCACGGCGCUUGUAACGCCAAGGUAGUGGGUUCGAUCCCCGGGACCACCCAUACACAAAAAAAAUGUAUGCACGCACGACUGUAAGUCGCUUUGGAUAAAAGCGUCUGCUAAAUGGCAUAUUAUUAUUAUUAUUAUUAUUAUUAUUAUACCUGGGUAAAAGUAAAGAUACCUUAAUAGAAAAUGACUAAAGUGAAAUGUACGCAGCCUAUUGCCUAUACCUACCCCUAUUCUAUUUGUUUGCGAUUGCAUGUCUCUCUCAAGAUAAGAUAUAUGGUCGAGCUUUCUAUAGGUCUGUUCGACCUGGUAGAAAAAAUCAUCAUGGCAACCUGAAUGUAUUGCCAAAUUUGUGGCAGCGGUUGAUAUGUCAGUAGAGAGAGUCUUCAGAAGAAGGUUCUCCUUGAGAAAAUGUCUCCCUUGAUAUUUUACAUUUUACACUUGGCUUGUAUAAAUCACCAUCCCUAUGGAGUACUUAUAGCUGUGAUUAUAUUACAACGUUACUAUCAACCAUUUUGGGAAAAUAGCCUGAAAUCUGAGAUCUAUAGCCUGAAAUCUGCCAUAUUGACUGAAUGAAGAAGAUGGGUGUAAUGACUAUUGGUUUCAGCAGAAACCGAAACCCUUAAGGGAGAACUUUAGCCUAAACAUUAUGUAACGUGGUUAAAGGUAGACUUGCCACGAGCAGCACAGCAGAUAUUGAGAUGAGUGAGAUGCAAGACUUUGCUCGAACACAAUCACACACAGUAUCUGCGCAUGUGCAUGGGUUUGCUUCACGCUGUUACAGCGUGGUUGCCACAGGACCAAAACAGAGGAGAAGUUGAGCCUCUCGCUUUAACUCUGUUAGAUGUUACGGAAAUUGACCCACUAUGCUGUUUACUUUCUGCAUCUACGUCAUAUCGCUGAGUUUACCUUUUUGUUAAGAUUUUACGAUUUUCAUCUGUUAAACUGGUUAACAAACCUGAGUUGUUUUGAAUCUGUAGGAGGCUUGUCUACCAUCAAACUGUCUUCACUCUUCCACAAAGCACUAUUGCUCACUUUUUCUUAUUUCAGUUUACACCAAUAUAUUUUCAAGAACAUUCUAUGAAUUCCUCCAAUUCGAUCAAUCCAGUCUGUACAACCACAGUGUGAAAUGCUUCCCUGCCUCUCCUGGGGAUAAGUAUGAAUGGAUAGCCUAUAGCAGGAAUAGCUUUUCCAUCCUAUCAAAUUAGCUGGAGUGGAGUGACAAGCCCAUUCACAGCCUGUGCUAAUAGGCUAAAUUGACCCGCUAAAAUUAUUUGAAAAGAAGCCGUCUGGCAAACGUGCAUAGGUUGACAAUCUACACAGGAAUGCAGGGCAAUGAACCUGUGUCCCACAUGUAGGGGUGUGUAAUAUGUUUGUGUAAUAGACUCCUCACGAUACAAUGUUGAGGAUAUUCUUAAUUAGAGCAGCUUGUUGGCAGUGCAAUCCAUUCAAAUAGCUUUGCUCAUUAAAAGGCCAUGUGAUAACAUUUGGGUCUUUCUAUAAACUAGGGUACCAGUGAGGAUUUCCUACACUGGACAACUUGUUACAGCUGUUGAUAAUUCGUUAAUAAUAAUCAGCCAAUUUUUUCAUGUCAUUACAUUAAGAGAGAAGGGGGGAUCAUAGCUAGAGUCAAUAAAAUUCACUUGUUGAUUUAAGACCUAUGUUUAACCCUUUAUCAUAGUUGGUGUCUUGACAGAUUUGUCCAAAUUCGUGUGACAUGAAACAUUACUGUACUUGCAUUUAUGGCAGUGCAAGUUGUCAUAUCAUAUAUUAAGCAUUAAUCAGUUAUAUUAGACAUUGAACUUGAACCCUAUAAGAAUCCUGGAUCUAGCUGUCGGACAGUUUUUUGUAGAGAGUUCUCAGAAAUGCAGUGUAACUAUGUAACAUUUCGUGUCUCCUUAUGUUUUGGGGUGAAAACAGUUUUCAUGGGCACACAAAUCCAAAAUAAUAUAUGCAUUGCAAAAUCGAAUGUUUCUAUAUAUAUAUAUAUAUAUAUAUAUAUAUAUAUAUAUAUAUAUAUAUAUAUAUAUAUAUAUAUAUUUAUUUAUUUAUUUUUUAAAACAGUACAAAACAUACAAAUGACAGCUCACACAACAUCAACGACCUCACACCUGCCCAGACACACCUGCUCACACGCCAUCUCCAGCGCCUGCAUCACUUUACGCCACAUGGCCUCAAACUGCACCAUUUAGUUUCUCUCCGUCGCCCACGCACUUUCAACAUUUAGAUAAUAAAGCAUUUGCCCUUUCCAUUGUGUUAACGAUGGCGGGUUGGUUGAUUUCCAGUUUUUAAGUAUACGUUUUUUCAAGGUGAUUGACGAGAAAAGUAUCAUCCAACCCAUCCAAUCCAUCGGGUAUCUCACUGCACCCUCAUAUGCCAUGUCUUGAAAUAUGCAGACAGACGGAUUAAAAGUACAUUAUAAAUUAAAAGACAGCCAACUUUCUAACUCCGCCCAUAACUUUUGGACUUUAUAGCGUUUACAGAAGGCUUGUUAGUUUUACACUUAAGACAUGACUCCUUGUGAAUUUUGUCUGUUGUAUAAUAAAUUCUAUACAUUAGUUUAUACUGUAUUAAGCUUACAUUUUUGUUAACUGUAAUUUCGUUAGUUAUGUUCCUUCAUUCCCUCCAUCUAGUGCCAAUAUCAGUUCUUUUUAAGUCUUGGUUCCAGUAGUUUAUAUAUUUUUUUAAGAGCUUGUCAGAUAGGCUCUCUGCAAGGUUUUGUAUAUCUCACCUAUCAUAUGAAUGAAUAUCCUCCAAAAUCGAAUGCUUCUAACCGAAGGAGCCACCUUACCUUGAUACUUAAAACCUAAAUCGAUACUGUAAUUAACAUGGUUCUUCAAUAAUUAUGCAUAAUCCUUGUUGGAUGUGUAUUUGGUGUCCAGCUGAUUAGUUGAGCCAUGAUAUUUUCACACAUCAUCUGAUCCAGGAAGGAAUUUUCAGAAUGACAGGCAAGUGACGAACAGCUGUUGUGAUAGCGCAUGCGAUUCAACAACAGCCUAGGUACUGGAAAAAAGGUGCUUGAGAGGAAUGUCCAGAAUAUUUUGCCGUCUCAUUCAUUACGCCGGUAAAGACAUUUGUUGCCUCGAUCCACGUUGUAUCUAAUAUCCCUAGUGAAUUGGUGUUGCUCAUCUGUUGUUGUCUGCUUGAUUUACAGCAGGGUCUAAUUAGUUUUAACAGAGAAAGCAUCAAGGUAAUGAGUUCUUGCUUUCAUAUGUUUUUGUGCUUUGGAAGUCUACUGUGCACAAUUGUGUAGGAUAGACUAUUGCGCAACACCAGUGGCGAUUUUAGCAUACUCAACAAACUGGCGCAAACUCAACAAAUGUAUUUUUAGAUGCAUGCCAGCAAUGCCACUACACAACAUUGCAUUCUUUCAUUAGGCCUAUGUGGUCUAAAAAGGAAGGAAAAUACAAUCACGAGGAUUCUCUUUUAUAGACAAUAUACUGACACACAGACAGCGUAUUGCACAAAAAAACAACCCUCACAAUAUCAACUGGAAUUACAUGGGUCUAUUACUGAACUUUUUGUUGCAGAAUGUUUUUUUGAAUGGGAAGAGAAUCACUGGCAAACAUGGUUACAGACCCAACAACAUUAUAUAGUAUCCCCUCCUUGUGAAGAAAAGCACAUGAGCUACUGUAAUUAUAAUACACAAAGUAAGCAAAACAAUGAAAUCAUUGCAACAUUGCCUAAAAUGAUGAAUAAGGUUCACUAUAUAUACAAAACUAUGUGGACACCCCUUCAAAUGAAUGGAUUAGGCUAUGUCAGCCACACCCGUUGCUGACAGGUGUAUAAAAUCGAGCACACAGCCAUGCAAUCUCAAUAGACAAACAUUGACAGUAGAAUGGCCUUACUGAAGAGCUCAUUGACUUUCAACGUGACACCGUCAUAGGAUGCCACCUUUCCAACAAGUUAGGUUGUCAAAUUUCUGCCCUGCUAGAGCUGCCCCGGUCAACUUUAAGUGCUGUUAUUGUGAAGUGGAAACGUCUAGGCGCAACAAAGGCUCAGCUGCGUAGUGCCAACUUCAUAGUGCCAACUGUAAAGUUUGGUGGAGGGGGAAUAACUGUCUGGGGCUGUUUUUCAUGGUUCGGGCUAGGCCCCUUAGUUCCAGUGAAGGGAAAUCUUAACGCUACAGCGUACAAUGACAUUCUAGACGAUUCUGUGCUUCCAACUUUGUGGCAACAGUUUGGGGAAGCCCAUUUCCUGUUUCAGCAAUGCAAUGCCCCUGUGCACAAAGCGAGGUCCAUACAGAAAUCAGUGUGGAAGAACUUGACUGGCCAGCACAAAGCCCUAACCUCGACCCCCAUCAAACAACUUUGGGAUGAAUUGGAACGCUAACUGCGAGUCAGGCCUAAUCGCCAACAUCAGCGCCCGACCUCACUAAUGCUCUUGUGGCUGAAUGGAAGCAAGUCCCUGCAGCAAUGUUCCAACAUCUAGUGGAAAGCCUUCCCAGAAGAGUGGAGGUUGUUAUAGCAGCAAAGGGGGGACCAACUCCAUAUUAAUGCCCAUGAUUUUGGAAUGAGAUGUUUGAGGAGCAGGUGUCCACAUACUUUGGUCAUAUAGUGUCCUAAUGAGAUAGACGUACAGUAUAUAAGCAAUAAAAACAAUUGAGAUGUACAAACUAUGGCAUAAGGGAACGAUGAGCAGAUAAGAGGCAAGCUGUAAUUUCGAUUAAGACAUUAAUGAGCGAGUAGCCGAUAUAACUAUUUGUUCAGCACUUUGGAAAUUUACAGCGACAGAAUUCAGAACAUGGGCCUUUCUUCUCCUUGUACACCAAGUCAGAACCGAAGGAUAAAUAGCAUGGGCAUAUAAGCAGACAAUGAAAGCUCUUACAAGAUUCAAUGAUAAUAUUUCUCUAAAACAGGCUAUAGGCUACAUGUGCACCACCAAGUCAGAACAGUAGGCUAAGUUCUGAGGGGGAGAGGGAGAGGGACCAAAUUCUUAGGGUGAGACACAUGGGCUACUAACAGGUUACUACACAACAUACAUGUAGUAUUACUAGCUACUGUAUACAUAUCUCCCUGGCAUAUUACAUCAUUUAUGCAGCAGAACUUUGUCAUCAAACUUUGUCAUCAAAGUCUGUCAUUAUCUGGAUUUAUGGUGCUUUCAAGACAACUGGGAACUAUGAAAAACAUAAGAUUGAAUCAUGACGUCAGUGAUCUUCAGGUCAGAGCUCUAGAAAGAGGCCAGAGUUCCCGACUUGGAAUUGCGAGUUGGAUGGCCGUUCAAAACAUAUUUUCCCAGUCCAAGCUCGUUUUUUCCCCCCUGAGUUCCCAGUUGGUUUGAACGUGGCAGAAGUCAUGUUGGAUUGACAGCAUGGCCAAUGUAUUCAACCUUUUCUUGCCCAUGGUGUUGCGUGUGAAUGUUUAUCCUUUUUAAGCUUGAAAAGAGACCCUUUCAGACAGAUGUUUUAAAUCCUUAAACCCAGACUUGGACCACACACCCUCUCCACCAAAUAGCAGGCAUGGGAAGUAAAAUAGGGAUUGUUUUGCAACGCUCACAGUUAGCCAUUGAUUCCUUCCAAACCACUCAUUGUUUAAUUUGCGAUUUCCGACUUGUUGUGUAAUGUUUAUGUCCAAUGGCUGAUGAGCACCAAUACGUUUUAGCUAUAAUUUCUCUUCAUAUGACAAGGAUUGAAAAGGAUUUGCCAGUAGAUUGUCGACAUGAAUCAUGAUGAUGACUGCUUGUCUAGCUUGCUAGCUAAGAUUGUGAAAGUGUGAUGUUGACAUGAUCAGUCCAAUCAAAGCUACAGUAGAUAUAACGUGAUUUGACGUCAUUUUAUCUGUGUCCAAUGACCUUGAGCCUUCUUGGACGGGCACUUCUAAUGUAAAUCUAUGGCAUGGGGCUUGAACUGCCUAGCUCUCCUUGUAGAUUCGCCAGUGACCUAGUGUCCCCAUGAGUGACAGAACACUGAGCCAAUUACGGCGCAACUAGAGAAGAUUACCAAUGCUUACGCUCUAUAUUUUCGAUGGCUGCCCCUCCAUCACAGAAAGCACUGAGCUAGGCUAAAACGCCUGCGUUUUGGAGCUGCUUUGCUCAGGAAAGAGACCAUGUUUGUAUGCGGCUUUAUUAAAUCAAGGUAAAUGUUAAUUUUUUUUACAUUAUUUGCAAACUGAUAUGUGACACGAAUUAAUGGCCUAAAUAACAUGCAAAACAGAUGUGGCUCAAAACAGGUGGGGCUCAAAACAGGUGGAGCUCUGUAAUUAUUGUAGCAAAUUUCUAAGUUCUCCUGAUUUCAUUUUUGAUCCGUUUUUGUGAGAGAUGUGGCCUCUUUCAUUUGUUUCCCGCCGCUUCAUUUGAAGGGUGUUGCGCUACUCUGUUGCGGUAAAACCAUAUGUGGUUAUUAUGAGGACGACAACAUCUAAUGUUGGCUUCAACUUGGCUUUCCAUACAAAUCCUUCCAUAAAAAAAUGAACCUGGUUUUUGGUCACUUUCUCAUGAUAAAAACAGCGAUGUGAGAUUCAAAUAGUGAGAUGAAUUCAACCGCUAUUCGUGGCUUUAUUACGUUUGCCUGCAUCGGCCACAUAGGCUACAGAAAAAUUGGCAUUCAUUCAUCCAAUUUAUUUAGUCAGGCAAGUCCACAUUAUUGUCACGUUUUAAUAUAAUAAUAAUUUGAAUAUCAAUGCAUUGGCAAGGCCUAAAAAAUGUAUUAUUCUUAAAGUGGUAAUGGCGUACUUUUUUGACACUUUUUGCAUGCUUUUUUGGUGGGAGGGGGAGUUCUAUAUUAGGCCCUAUAUGUACAAUUAUAUAAAUUAUACACUUGUAUAACAUUGAGGUCCUUGAAAAUUUCAAUUUGAAAAAGUCCCUGAAAGUCCUUGAAUUUGACUUGCCAAUGUCUGUAUGAACCCUGCUUAAAGGAUGUAUAGUCCUAGGCCUAUGUUAUUGUAUAGGUGGAGUUAUGGGCCAAUUUGCAUAUAUUCACAUUUAAUCCUCAAAGUACACGUGUAACUACAUGAAAAUCCUUUUUAUUUGUGUUUCAAACCAUUUUGAGAUGUUGAUCCCAAUGUAACACAUUGGCCCCAUUCUUUAUAGAAAUCUUGUAAGGAUUCACAGCCAAGGGAAAUAUUUUCAUUACAGCAUAUACAUGUAUGUCAAUGGGUCAUGUUUCCCUUUGUUAAUGGUUAAUGAUUCUCCUUUUCAUCUCCUUUCCAGACUGUGCAAGCGGGGCGAUGUCCAACAGAUGAACUGUCACUGACCAACUGCGCAGUCGUGAAUGAGAAGGAACCACAGUUUGAACAGUAAGUUGUGAGUGUGUGUGCGUGUGUGUUGAUCCCCAGCCCUGAGGUGCCUCAGUCAAAUCAAAGGCCAGUGUGUGUAGUGGCAGAUCACAGUGCAUCACUGGGGCUCAGCUCUCUAGACACGGUGCCAAAAAAGCCUCAGGGCCAUCACAUACUCUCUGCUCUGUUUUCCUUCUCUAUCACCUCACUAAAUAAUGGCGCCCUCGUCUCGGUCUUCUCAUCCCUGGCCUCGCACAUGUCCCUCUGGGGCAAACAAAGCUCUCUCACCUGGUGAAAGAAGUAACCCAUCCUUGUGUGCCAACAUGUUUUCAGCAUUUUAAUUUCCCUCACUGAUCAAACCUUGUUUGCUCAUGCUCUCUGUCUCUCUGCAGCAAAAUAAGGUCCAUUUCCUCCACAUUUUAUGGGGACAUUUGAGCUUUAAAUAUAGUUUUACUGUUUGUCUAAUGGCCCAUCUCAUUUGUGUCUCUAACAUUUGCACUGAUCCCCUGUCAAUUUGGAUCUUCGCUGUAGUACUUCUAGACUUCUUUUCUAUUGCACUUAUUUUUUCAUUGCACUUUUCAGCAAUAUGUUUGGAACUUGAAAUUGCAAUAAAAUCGCAGUAUCAAAUCACAAUAUGUUCAGAAUCGUGAGAAUCGCUAUACAUAUAAUAUUGUGAGGUUCCUGGGAACUCCCAGCUCUAGUUCACUCCAGGGUUCUGAUGUCUAUUAGGCCUGUAUGCUGUAUUAUAUCCUGGGCUAAAUAUGUAUAUCUUUAACACUCAGAACAACAUGGAACAGAUCAACAUGACCUAGAACAUUUCAAGGAAAAUGUACAGACCCUCUUAAACCUCUCUCUCUCUCUCAAUAUAAUGCCUGCUAUACAUGUAAACCUGCAUAUUCUAGUUCUCUGUAUGAUAUUCUUCUCCUCUACGCAGUCACGUGACCGUGAGAACCACACCGACCCACAAGUUUGUGUUCACAUUGAAGACCCACCAGAGUGUGGUCCCAGGGACCAUCGCCUUCAGUCUCCCCCAGGUAGGAGCCACCAUUAUGGCCUUCAUAAAUAGGCUACACACUGUGUUCAAACCUAUCCUUGCUUGAAUGUAUUGUAACGAUAAACAGACUAAAAGUCUAACCCACAUCUUUAGGGUGUUAUAACUGAAGCCAUUAUUUAAAUCAAUGAGGAUGAAGUGGGUUUCUACAAGUGCAGCUGCGGAAUAUUUUGUGGAUGUAGCUGACGCCAUCUGAGCGUUUUACUUCAGCUGAAGCUGUACUGUACUCUAGCUGUCUGGCUUCUAUGGCCCGUCUGUCUGCGCGCUCCUCCUCUCUCUGUUGUCUUUCUAUCAUGUCUGUCACUGCUUUUGACCUUUAACCUUGCAUGUCUCUGUCUGCUCUUUCUCCAUCUUUAAACUCUGCAGCCACAGCGGCACACAGGUAUGACGGUAACGUCCUCACCCCGGUCUUAUUUUACAACUAGAUUGGAGUGUAAACGGAAGAAGAAACAUUUGAAGGUGUAGCGAUGCACUACACCAUAACUCUUCACUGGACAUUUGUCAAUGGCCUAAUGCUCCAUACAUCAGCCAAGCGCCUAGGCCUAAGUCAUAUAAAGUAAUGCUCCAUACAUCAGCCAAGAGCUGAGGCCUAAGUCAUGUAAAGUGAUUCUCCAUACAUCAGCCAAGAGCUUAGGCCUAAGUCAUGUAAAGUAAUGCUCCAUACAUCAGCCAAGAGCUUAGGCCUAAGUCAUGUAAAGUAAUGCUCCAUACAUCAGCCAAGAGCUUAGGCCUAAGUCAUGUAAGGUAAUGCUCCAUACAUCAGCCAAGCGCUUAGGCCUAAGUCAUGUAAGGUAAUGCUCCAUACAUCAGCCAAGAGCUUAGGCCUAAGUCAUGUAAAGUGAUUCUCCAUACAUCAGCCAAGAGCUUAGGCCUAAGUCAUGUAAAGUAAUGCUCCAUACAUCAGCCAAGAGCUUAGGCCUAAGUCAUGUAAAGUAAUGCUCCAUACAUCAGCCAAGAGCUUAGGCCUAGGUCAUGUAAGGUAAUGCUCCAUACAUCAGCCAAGAGCUUAGGCCUAAGUCAUGUAAAGUGAUUCUCCAUACAUCAGCCAAGAGCUUAGGCCUAAGUCAUGUAAAGUAAUGCUCCAUACAUCAGCCAAGAGCUUAGGCCUAAGUCAUGUAAGGUAAUGCUCCAUACAUCAGCCAAGAGCUUAGGCCUAAGUCAUGUAAAGUGAUUCUCCAUACAUCAGCCAAGAGCUUAGGCCUUAGUCAUGUAAAGUGAUUCUCCAUACAUCAGCCAAGAGCUUAGGCCUAAGUCAUGUAAAGUACGUGACACAUCAGUUCCACGAUCAGUCACAACCUGUAGCCUGGUCCUGACGUUUUUUGACCGUUGUGUGACUGAUGUUCUUCUUAAAAGAUGAAAUAGGUUGUAAAAUAAGACCAUGCUUGAGAGGAACGUUAUAUCACUGUCUUUGUCAGAACACCCUAGUUAUUAGUGUUGUUACAUUGGAGAUGUACUGUCGUCCACAUAUGUAAGAAUGUCUUUUUCCUGAGCAUGUUUGUACCUCCUCCGUUGAAUUUUCGAAAUCCCAUUGUUGCCCUCGAGCCAAAAAGUUUGCCCACCCCUGCCAUAAAUAUUGUUGGCCUUUUUUCUAUUGUCUUUUAAUGCAUAGCUUAUAUAAAGGAAAUGUGUGGACCGUACACUGAUUAGAAUAAAUUACUUGUUUUUCAGAGAAAAUGGGCAGGCAUCUCCAUUGGUCAGGAUGUGGAAGGUAUGAGUAAAACAUGAUGAUAUUGAACUGUGAGGUAAUUGUGUGUGAAUGCAGGAAGGUAAGGUACUUUCGGCUUCAAAUAGCCUCAUUUAGGCCAUUGAUUACCAUUGCCAUUAUAUUACUGCUCUCUCAUCGUUAGCCACCAGAUGGCUAGCUCUGGUCCGCAGCCACAAUAACCACUCCGUCUCCACAAUAACAACCCAACAUCCUUCUCUUGCAAAAUCCCUGCAACUUAAUCAUAUUUCACUCUAAUGGUUAUAGAUGUUACCAUCUAUGCCAGAGAAAUGGCAAUUAUCCCAUGAUCCUUUGCUGCAGUGAUAGAGCUUCCAACUGAUUGCAAUACACUGAGUGAACAAAAUAUUAGGAAUACCUGCUCUUUCCAUGACAGACUGAUCAGGUGAAUCCAGGUGAAAGCUAUGAUCCCUUAUUGACGUCACUUAUUAAAUCCACUUCAAUCAGUGUAGAUGAAGGGGAGGAGAAAGGUUAAAGAAUAACUGUUAAGCAUUAAUGAGAUUGAGACAUAGAUUGUGUAUUUGUGCCAUUCAGAGGGUGAAUGGGAAAGACAAAAUAUUUAAGUUCCUUUGAACAGGGUAUGGUAGUAGGUGUCAGGCGUACCAUUUUGUGUCAAGAAGUGCAACGCAGCUGGGUUUUUAACGCUCAACCGUUUCCCGUGUGUAUCAAGAAUGGUCCACCACCCAAAGGACAUCCAGCCAACUUGAGAAAACUGUGGGAAGCAUUGGAGUCAACAUGGGCCAGCAUUCCUGUGGAACGCUUUUGACAGCUUGUAGAGUCCAUGCCCCCACGAAUUGAGGCUGUUCUGAGGGCAAAAGGGGGGAUGCAACUCAGUAUUAGGAAGGUGGUUGUGAUAGGCCAGUUGACAUCAAUCUUGAAGCUUGACCAGGCAAAGCCAUUAUAAGCCUGCUGUCAGAUCAUAUCUAUAGCGUCAAUGCCUAUAGUAAUAGGCCUAAGUCCUAUAGCUCUGCCUUAGCUUGGUAGUCCAGAUCUGUUUAGCGCUACAGCCAACUCCUCUCUGUGUUUUGUUCUUUGUCAAGCCAAACAUGUAGGCAUGGCAACAAUGACAGUUGGCUACAGCACAUGCAGUAUGGGACCAGACUAGCUCUGCCUAGACGAAUCAAAAUAUGAUCCCCUAAAUUAGCAAAGUGUCGAUAUGUAAAGGAGAUCUGCUACAUGGCAACACAAGCUGGGUGUGAACAGAUGUUGAUCGAGCACUGUGAACAGCUGGUUCCUUAAUCACUUUCAGUCCUGGGUUGCAGUGUGCUCUCUCAGAUGUGAGGCCCAUUUGAACUCACUGUAACAUGAACAGUACACUUUAACAAAUGGUAAUAAUUAGUUGUUAGUCCUUGAUUAGGUUGUUCAUUGAAUAUGCUACCAAGUGAAUAGCACUAACGAGCAAGGUACUAUAAUCGAACACCAACCAGACUGUUGACGUUGUACGUGAAAAUAAAAACUGAGAAACAAGGUGAAAAGCUACAGGGCUACAACUCUUUGCCAUCUCACAGUGUGUGUCCUUUCUCUGCUGUGUGUUCAUGUAGUGACCGGCUACAACUUUGACAAGUCCAAGCAGUGUGUGGGCACCAUGACUGUGGAGAUUGACUUCCUGCAGAAGAAGAGCGUGGACAGCAGCCCGUACGACUCAGACAAGAUGGCUGCAGAGUUCAUCCAGCACUUCAACAGCCAGGCCUUCAGUGUAGGCCAGCAGGUACUGGAACUGUAGCCUACAGAAGGAAGGGGAAUGCUAGGAUGACAGGUUGGGGUUACACACGUUACCUCUUCAGGGACUUUGUAGGUCUUGAGGCUCUGGGUAGAAUUUGUAUUAUUAUUCUGUAUUCAAUCAAUCGGCAGAAUAAACAGCGUUGGACAAAUGACAAAUACUUUGUCAGCACACAUCCAUAUCACAUGAUAAUCAUUACAUGCUUAUCAAUACCACAAGAUAAAUUCAUAGUACAUGCACAUACCAAGCAACAAUAGACGCUACGCUAAUUGAUUCCACCAUUUCAAGUAAAACAAAAAACAAGAUGAAUUAGAAAAUAAACGCAAAAUAAAACCCACCCCAUCCCACCCGAGUGACUCUUUUGAUUUAACUUCUCAUAUCAAGAGAUCUUACACUUUCAGCUGCGUUUGACCACAUCAAUAAGCGUCAUCAUUGUCACCUUGAGAACGAGCAGUGGACAAUUCCAAAAGAACAAUAUCUAAAAACGAGAAGAGCAAUUGGAGCCAUGCCAGUGUAUGUGGGGGCUUCCAUCUUAAGGCAAGCUUCUUCUUCUUUUAUGUCUAAAGAUUGUUAUUCAACAGCAACACAAGAGGAGAGCAGGCUACAUCGACUCCAAGUAUUUUGGAUAGGGAUAUAGUGAUCUUUUUCCCAAAACAAUAAACCUGAGGACAAUUACACAUUACAUGAAUAAAUAAAGCGGUGACUAUGAACAGAAAGUACAUAAAGGGGAGUGUACUGAAGACAUUUUAUAUAUUUUGUGUGGAGUGGCAUAAAUUAUAUGAAUGAAGUUGAAAUGAUUUGUUUUGGGGAUUAGGGUUCCGAGAUGCUCAACUUAUGUCCACACAGUUUCCUACUCAAUGUCUCACUCUAGUACUGGAAAGUCAUUAUUGCAUGGUUUCACAAAUCUUCAAGGGUUUGUUUGUACUAUCAACAAUUUUCAAAUAAAUAACAGAUACAAUUCCUUUUGGUUUUAGAUUUGACAUACAUCCAGUCAGUAAAUGUAUGUUUACAUACAGUAAAUGUGAAAUCCAAGGAACACCAUUGGCCUUUAAGGCAGCAUGUAACUGAAGGUUAAAAAAAUAAAAAUUAACUUAUGUUGUACAGCUGAAAAAACACCUAGUCCUUGAGUCAAAUAGAUCUCCAAGUGUAAAUAAAAUGUUUUUACUCCAUUGGGAAUAUGCCAAAUUACAUGAGAACGUGUCUGCCUUAUUGCUAAUUUCCAUAUAGACAGAACAUUAGAAAUUAUUGGCCCAUAAUGAAAUCUAGCUUGUUUCAAGGGGAUCUCGUAGUAAAUAACAUCUUGCAAUCUGUGAGGUAGAACAAGUUUAUCCUCAAUUGACCGCCAAGCUGUGUCACUACUAGGAUCUAUCUAUAUUGGAAUUGCUCACGAUACAAAAGCCCAGUGAUAAAAUGUAACAUUUGGAACAUCCCACCCACCAGCAGACUUGGGUCUUUGUAAAGUCGAUAAUUUGAUUCUUGGUAUUUUUCUAUACCAAAUAAAACUGGAGAUUGCACUAUGAAGUGAAGCCUGUCCCAAUAUCCUGAUACUGGGCACAGAGGAAUCGUAGAGCUUACAAAGUUCAUACGGGGCAACACAGAAAUGCGAGACUGAAAAGAUAAUGAGGACUGAGUCCAUCUAUUUAAAUCACAUUCAACCUUGUUUAGAAAGGAAGUAUAGAUCUUUGUCGCAAUCGCUUCCAGACUCUUGUAAAUGUCAAUGCCCAGAUAUCUAAGGUCUUCAACAUAGGGUAUAUCAGCUGUUAAAGGGUCAUUGGAAUUGUUAAGGGACAACAAAGCAGACUUUUGCCAGUUAAUUUUACAUCCUGAGAAGCUACCAGGGUUAGAGUUUGUGAGAUGUUGUUUAAAACAAGAGGACAUCAUCUGCAUACAGCGAGAUAAAAUGGGGAGAGUCAUUAAUGAUAAUUGGUUCAAUGGCAUUGGAUUGCCGUACAGCUUGGGUGUGAGAGAAUGAAAAGCAACAAAGAAAGAGGAUCUCCUAGCCGCUCUGGAGAUUGGGACAAAAGGAUGAGCAAUUAGUGCCGGUCAUCACCAUUGUACCAGAGUUGACGUACAAAACUUUAAUCAGAUUGAUAUAUUUGUGUUUGUUACUUUUUAUUUUGUUUUUUACUUUAUUGUAUUUUGUAAAUAUUUUCUUAACUCUAUUUCUUAAAACUGCAUUGUUGGUUAAGGGCAUGUAAGUAAGCAUUUCACGGCAAGGUCUACAACUGUUGUAUUCGGCACAUGUGAAAUAUUUUUUGGGAUUUGAUAUUUAGCACACAAGGCCAGAUGACCUAGUACGAUCCAUAAGUACUCCCAUUCUAACCUAUCAAAGGAUUUUUCAGCAUCUAAUGAUAAGAUGGCAGAGGAAUCAUUUGAAUCUGGAGCAAAAUGAAUCACAUGCAAUAGUCUUCUUAGAUCAUCUGAUGCAAGGUGAUCCUUAACAAAUCCGGUUUAUCCCCAUGGAUUAAUUUAGCCAAAUACUUAUUCAGACGGCGUGCUAGAACCUUUGAAAAUUGUGUACUUACAUUGUGACAAUUUGCCACGGUUUG